AUGAAGGCCCAGUGCGUUUCUUGCUGGCUCCUGGGCAUGGCACUUAUCCUCUGCUCUGUGCACACCCGCAGUCUCAGGAGAUGUCUGAUUUCUGUGGACAUGCGCCUUAUAGAAAAGAGUUUCCAGGAAAUCAAAAGAGCCCUGCAAACUAAAGACACCUUCCAAAAUAUCACCAUCCUGUCCACACUGGAGAAUCUGAGGAGCAUUAAGCCUGUAGAUGUCUGCUGCGUGACCAGCCACCUCCUGACCUUCUACAGAGACAGGGUGUUCAAGGACCAUCAGGAGACAAGCCCCGAGGUCGUGAGGAGAAUCAGCGGCAUUGCCAACUCUUUCCUCUACAUGCAGAGAACUCUGGAGCAAUGUCAGGCCCGCAGUCAAUGUCACUGCAGUCAGGAAGCCACCAACGCGACCAGAAUCAUCCACGACAACUACGAUCAGCUGGAGGUCUCAUCUGCUGCCCUUAAGUCUCUAGGAGAGCUAGACAUCGUUUUAGCCUGGAUUGACCAGAAUCAUCGAGAGACUUCUGCAGCUUGACACUAAGUGCCUUGUCUGAUUAUCUAGGGAUACACAACCCACCGUGAGCUCCCUCCCUCUCCCUUCUUCUCUCCCUCCUGGCCUCCCCCUCCU